GGGGGCCAGGAUGAGAAGUCAAUAGACGGAAAUACGGGAAUCUUCAUUAAGGCGAUAAAGGAAGGCAGCUCUUUAUUGAAAGACGUCAAAGUCGAAGAUCAAAUUGUUAAGGUUAACGGAACUGACGUCACAAAUGUUCCUCAGCAUGUUUUCUUCAACUUAUUACGAGGCGCUGACAAAGUAGCAAAGAUACACAUCGCCAAAACCUCCGACGCAAAGGAUGAUACAGAAAUUCGGGUUUUCGAAGAUGAGGAAACUGGGGAGAACGAACAGAUUAUAGAAAUUUCAACUGGUCCUAAAGGACAGAUUGGUAAACUUGGAUUGAAGAUCAAUGGUGGGCGAGAUAGACCGGUGGUACCUGGAGACCCGGGGAUUUUCAUAACCGCAGUCAAAAGAGGAAGUUUAUUGCAAAAAGUCAUUGGCCCAGGAGACAAAAUACUUAAGAUUGAUGGUACAAAUGUUAUAAACGUUCCAUUAAGAUUUGCUUUCGAUCACAUCAAAGCAGCAGACAGACGAGUGAGGCUACACAUCCAAAAAGCAGACACCAGUGAGCAUGACAUUUCAGAAAGAAAACGAAAGAGUUUCGCUCGGCAGGCCGCGAGGUCUUUUUCUGACGAGCAGUUGCAAGAAUACAAGACAGCAUUUUCAGUGUACGACAGAACAGGGUCGGGUAAAAUAUCCAUGAAACGAGUCAUGGAACUAUGUCGCUCGCUUGGUUAUAAUCUCACUUCUAUUGACAGGGACGUCAUCACUACAGAAUAUAGCUUAGUAGGUGACGGAAAAUUUUCUUUCCUGGAUUUCAUUGAAAUGAUAACCAAAAUCAGCUCUCUUCAUCGAAGCGACUCAGAUCUGACGAAUGCGUUUGAAGUGUUCGACCGCGAGGAGAAAGGUUUUUUCAGACUACCCGAGCUCCAAGACGCUUUAAAAAAAAUGCCGGGUUCAGAGGGGUUGACAGAGGAUGAACUUGCUGACAUUCUUCAGUUAGCAGAUCCCGACGGUGAUGGAAAUGUUAGCUUUGAAGCAUUCCGAAAUCUCAUGAUGCCUCUCUUCCAACAAAGUUAACUCAGAAAAUUUCUAUGCUGAAUUGUCACGAGACAACUACGGCCAACGAUGAAAUACUGAAAAGGAUACGCUGAGGACAGGCAUUAAAUUAAAAUCACUUUCAAGGACAGAAUGAUAUGCUUCACGCCUUGGAAAAUCAUGCAUUUGGAUUAUGAAUGCAGCCAAUGUUGGCAGGAAAUAGUUCACUUAUAUGAAGUAAAUCGGCGCAAAAUUUCGUAAAUUUAUUGCAAAAUGUUAUAGGGACAAUAUCUGGAUGAAAUUCUGAAGAUAAACACAGCAUAGUAUAGGGCAUAUAUUUACUUUUGGUGAAAGUUUCGUGUUUAAACGAAAAACGAGCAGCUGUAGAUUAUAUGCAGGGAAGUAUGUUAUUUGACAAGGUAAAGGAGGAAUAUCUUCAUGCGUCCUUUGAAGAGAAAUGGAUUAUUUUUAGAUUUAUUUUAUUUUAAUGAAGUAAUCGGUUAUCCCCGCUAAACAGCUUUUAAGUGUUUUCUUCCUUUUGUAACUUCAUAUAAACGUCCCGUCUCGUCCUAUACAGGAUAUCGACGGCUACUUACAUGCAUUUUCACCGAAAAAAAAUGCCUCUUGAUUGUAAUACGGUCACGCCUUGAUCUUAAUUAAAAGAAAUUAUACAUGA